UUCCGGGAGGUCCUUGAAGGCAACACGGGCAAACAGUGAGACGCUACAUGCCAGAAAGAAUUAAAGAAAGAAAAGAAAAAGAGGGAUGAGAGUUUCAGACUGCUUUCUUUUUCCAUUUCUCCUCUUCCUCCUCUCACUGACACCUGAGCCAGGUAACGUCCCUUCACCUGCUUUUUCCCCCCUAAUCGUCAUAUAGCCACAAAAGUGAAAGCAGAGCAGAGAGCAGCUUUAGAUGGCAGCUUGACGAGUGUUCCUGUGUCUGGCAGUGAGCUCCACAGCAGGAUACGACAUCAGCGAUGACGGACAGGUCCGCUGAUGAGGACCCCGCGUCCCCGAAGAGCGACAGGGACGUGGUGCUGACAGGCGGUGGAGUGAAGCGACAGGUGCUGGGGGCCAUGCAGUCGUUCAGGAGGAGCGGGCGUCGCGCAGCGGAGAAGGGCCCACUGUCACCUACAGGCAAAGGGUCAAAGGUCACGCAUAAAGACGAGCCAGGUGGAAGUGAGGCGGCAGCGGCGGCGGCACCUCCUCCCUCACCCAGUCUGAGCGCUGGAUCUUCGGCAACUUCUCCUCUGAAGAGCGUCGGAGGUUUCUUUCAGAAGAAGCAGGAAGAUGAGAGUGGGCAGAAGAGCCAACCUCUGAAGCGCUCAAAGACAGAUCCCAACAUGUCGACAUCCAGAAGGGCGGCUUUUCGAAAAUCUUUUCCGCGUAGCCUGACAAAGGGCCCCAAGAAGGACAAGGACAAAUUCAGGACAAAUGUCACUGAAGGUCCAUCAGAGGAGAAGCUGGAGGAGAAGGAGGAGAUGGAGGAUUUGGCAGAGAUUGAUGAGAUGUACACACUGCCAGAAAUACCCAACCCACCACUGUCAGUGAUGCAGAUCAGUAAACUGAUAGAGAUGGAGGUUCUGGAGGAGGCCCACCUCAACCUGCUCGCACUGCGGCAGGAGUUCCAGCAGGAGCUGCAGCACUGUGGCCAAGACUCACCCAUGGAUCUCGUCAAGAAGGAGAAAGACCUCAACCUCCUCUACAGAGACCUGAGGAACAAGAUCACCACCAUCGUGCGCGACUCCAACUCUUUCCCCUGCAGGAACAAGGGGCUGCUGGUCCUCGUGGCCCGCAUCAUCCAGGAGGAGGAGAAGAGAGCGGAGGAAGCGGGGGGUUUAGCGGGCAGCUGGAUGGAGGCCUGGAGGGACGCGGUGGGCGAGGGCGUGCGGGCCAAAGUGGAGAGUGUUCACCUGGAGCAGAGGGAGCAGAACGCCGCCUGGCUGAGCGUCCACCUGGGUCUGCUGGGUAAAGCCAUCGUGGACGACCUGGCGAGCGUGAAGAGAGAGCUGAGGUGGUCGUACCCGCCCAGCUUCAGGGUCUUCGGCACCUACGUGAGGAGUUACCACAGGGUGGUCGCGCAGCAUCUGAGGAAGCUGGAGCAGCAGGUGACCGAGCUCAAGGACCUGUUCGCUCUGCUGGACUGGAUCCUCAACAGAUACAAGAGUGAGAGGAUCAUGGCAGAUGUGUCCCUGCAGCCCGAGAUGAGGGAGGAGAGCAGUGACCUGCAGCUGGACGAGCACUUCCUCGAACAGCUGAGGCACAAAUACUGCAACAGAGUCAAGGUGGACGUGAGAUCUUUCCUCGACAGAGUCAUUGAAUUCGAGAACAAAGAGGUUUGGAAGGAACAAAAGAUGCGGGAACAGGACGGAGACGGCGACGUCCUGGAUUCUCCGUUUCACAUGGACAUCUUUACGAGAGUGGAUGGAAUCGUUAAAAACUCUGCACAGAUUGAGGCUCAGCUGGAAAAGAGCGUAAUCACUUCCUGUCUCGAGGAACUGAAGCUGUUCCCUAAAAGGUUUGAGUCCGAGUUCAUGGAUCAUUGCAGUUCCCUCAGACCUCAGCCUCAGGCUCAGCCUCAGCCUCAGUGGACAAACUAUCACAUCACCUACAUCAACGGCUUCACUGCUUUACAGCAGCACCUGGAGGGAUAUGCACGUGUCUGUCCUGGAGAGAUGGAAAACUUCAGGAAAGAGGUGAAGUGGCUGAUCGCGACGCUCACGCAGAGACUGGAGGACCAGUUCAAAGAGGAUGUGAAGCCGUUUCUGAGGAGAAUGAUGACGAGGAAGUGGCUCACUAACGGCGUUGACUUCGAUCAGCUCUACGAUCGCACAGAGGCUCUCGCCGAACACUGCGCACUCAUGAGGCCUCAACACGUCCAGGCAUUUGCCAGUCACUUGCACUACCACGUACUGAGGGAAUACAUCGGUCAGCUGAUGAAGAAUAACUACUCCUGCAAGAACCGGAAACACGUGCAGGCGGCGGCCAAGAUCCGACAACAGUGGGAGAACCUCGUUGACGUGUUCAGGGAGAGAAAACAUACGUUAAGUCACGAGUGGAUGUACGCGGUCGGAGACGACCUGUGCGACAUCAUCGGACAGAAAAAGAAGACGGACAUAAAGGAGCAUCUGGAGCCGAUGGUGAAGCGUUACCCUGACUUCAGCAAGAAGCACCUGGUCGCCGUUCUGAACUUCCGGGGUCUCCUGCGAGGUCACGAGCGCCAGCUCAUCCUGCACAGAUUCACCGAGCUGAAGAACAACAACGUGGGCGGAGCCGGCGCCGCCUACAGAGACCAGUCGUUGUUUGGAGACAUGCAGGUCAGCGUGAACACAAACUGUCUGUCCUGCCUCGGCGUCCUGCUGCCCGACAGCUGAUCCGACGAGGACGAGGAGACGGACAUGUUUGCGUCUUCUCAGGUUCUCAAAGUCCACAUGCACUGUACAUUUUGCACAUAAUUAGUGUUUUGUUUUUUUAUCCACAAAAUGUAUCGAGAAAGAUGGUGAGAUUUGCUUUUGGGGGCGGGGCAUAGUACGUUUUAUGAAUCACCAGCAGGAUGCAGCACAGCAGCCUUUAUUGGUUUUCCAUAAAGAAAUUAAACUUUCACAUGAAAUAAAAUGUAUUACCUCUGUAAAGGAAGUCUGUCCGUCUGUUAGCAACUUCCUGUCGACAGAACCUAAAUUAGAGUCUAAUUUAAUGUUUUAAAUCUAAAUCCUUCCCAUUAACAAACUCAUAACUCUCUUCCAUCGACAUUUGUCUGAUUCAUACAUGAAUCAAACAGUGUUGUGAUGUUUUCUUCUUCCUCUGCAGCAGUUUAAUGAUGAACGGCAGGAAAAAUCAGCUACAAAUAUUUAUCUUUCUACUAAAAGGACGAGGAAAAACACAGAUUUUAGAAACGCAUUAAUAGUAACUGUGAUUAGGAGAACAUCACUGUGAAGACAGAACAUGAAC